AUGGUGGAUACGGUGGAUACGGAAGAGACGGUGAUCAUCAGCAAUUCAUUUCCCCGGGCACUCCUUACAUUCAUCAAAACAAUCCGGACGUUGGAGGAUAUGGUGGUUAUGGUGGAUAUGGUUUUCAACUUUUUAGAUGAACUAAAGAAACGGAUACAAGAAAUAGCAAACGCGGAUGGUUUCGUUAUUGUCACCCGUCGAUCAAAGAAAAUCGGGGGAAGAACCGGGAGGGUAUGGCUUGAAUGUGAUCGUGGUGGUGAGCACCAGACUACAGCAACACUUAGAAAUGCUGGAAGCAAAAAAACCGGUUGCCCGUUUUACCUGCUGGCUGUCCGAAACCACCCGUAUGAAACCUGGGAGAUAAAAGACGGAAUAAUUGAACAUAACCACGAACUUUGUGAGGACCUGUCGGCCCACGCGUUUGUGCGAAGGUUUACUCCAAGCGAAAUGAAAUUGAUCGAACAGCUGACAGCUCAAAACAUAGAGCCGCGUAAAAUAUUUCAAACGUUAAGGAAGCAGGACCCCGACAGGUUUCAUGUUCAGAAAGACGUUCAAAACGUUGUGGCGAAGAUUAGAGCCGAACAAAGACAAGGAUUGACUACCAUGCAGUCACUAGAAAGCAUGCUGAUAAACAACGACUUUAUUUACGAGACACGGGAGGAACCCGGAACAGAGAUCGUAACAGAGAUCUUCUUUCUUCAUCGGUAUUCGAGAGACAUGUGGCGUGCAUUCCCCCACGUCAUGCUGAUCGAUGCGACGUACAAAACAAACAUAUACAAUAUGCCAUUUAUCCAGAUUGUUGGUGUGACGCCUACCAACAAAUCGUUUAUUAUCGCGCAUGCCGUUGUUAGUAAAGAACAGGGUGAUAACUUUGUGUGGGUGCUUGAGAGGGUCAAGUCAAUGUUGGAUGAUUGUAUGGAGCCACGUGUGAUUUUAACGGAUAGAGACCUAGCCCUUAUGGGCGCGUGUGCUAAAGUAUUUCCAGACGCCUACAGGCUUCUUUGCAGGUGGCACAUACAACAAAAUGUUAUGAAGCACUGCAAGGGUGCCUUCACAGACGAAGACUGGGAGAAAUUUUUGUCAUUCUGGGGGACAUUGAUUGAGUCUCCAUCCAUACCCAUCUACGAGUACCACUUGCGCAACAUGCGAAAGCGACUUGUGGAGUGCAAACGUUCUAGAGUCUUCAAUUGCGUGUACGAUAACUGGCUAAAAGACUAUAAGGAGAUGUUCGUCUUUGCGUGGACUGAUAAGAGGCGCAACUUUGGUAAUCGUACCACAAACCGAGUUGAGAGCCAACACGCCAACUUAAAGAGAUACGUCCUAGAUAGGAGCUCGCUGGACCAUGUAGUUGGUUGUGUCCGAGAUAUAGUUGAGACACAGUUCGGUGAAAUAAGGAAGACUUUUCGAGAAAGCAUCGAAAAAAGAAUGAACCACCACAAACACCCGAUGUUUCAACACCUACUUGGAAAAGUAUCCCAUACAGCCCUUGACUUGUCGAGGGGAGAGGCAAUUAGGAAGCUAGAUGUCUUGGAGCGCUUUCAUUCAUCAUGUGGUUGCCAAAUGUGGUACAGUUGUGGGUUGCCCUGUGCUUGUAGGAUAGAAAAAGCGUCCGAAGACAUAGAUGUCUUCUGGCGGAAACUUAACUUCCAAAGUUGUAAAUUGAUAGACGAUAACGUUGACGUGGUCGAAGAGCUAAAUAUUGUUAGACAACAAUUAGAGUCGCACCCCCCAGCUCAGCAAAAAAGCCUGAUGUCAAAGAUUAAAGCGGUGUUGACUCCAAAGAAAUCUACCAAGAAACCACCGGUUGUCCAACAAAAUACUCGUGGCCGACCAACAACAAAGCAGGUACAACAAAGGUUGGACGAGGCCUCUCGUAUAGAUGAAUAA